CGACUCAGAACUGCUUUGCUGUGCUAAGCGUUGAGAUGUGAGAAUAAUGAAUUUGCCUCUUUAACGGUCCAAACUAACGAUUGUUAAACACCGCUGAUAUUAUAUUUGUUUCGCCUCUGAUGAUUCUUCAAUCUGUACCGCGCAUGAUGACAAUGCUGCUCUGUUUGGAGGACUGGGCUUUGCAGACGCGAAACCAUUGGCUCUCUACAGCAGAGAAUAGCUUCAGUUUCACACCCUGGCCGAUGAGAAAAGAGAAGACGGAGAUGCACGAAUGGGGCAUGGAUUGAGGCAACCUAUUGAUGAGUGUUGUACACAGUUUGUGCCUGGCCGAAGCCAACAUCCAGGGGAAACAGGGGACAGAGUUUCUGUUAUCUACAAAACACGGCCCCUGGUACACCACAGAGUACUGUAUGGAUUUGCAUCACUGUACCCUGGCAAGCCAGACCACAACAUGAGUCUGGCAUUGCACCAUUGACGAAGCUGAAGGUUGUGAGUUGAACCAACAUUUUCUUCCACUAGGAUUGGUACAGUUGGGCUACCAUUGCUGUGCUUAAAAAAAGGUACUGCUCACUUUGACAGCUGAGUGAAGUUGGCAUCAAAGUGGCUUAAGUGAGGUGCCUGAAAGACUUAAGAGAGGUUGGGUAUACGGGGAGUAUGGUCGGCCGGGCAUUAUGGGGCUGCAAAAAUCGUUUUGGCAAGCGCAGCGGCAGGUCAGGGGUGUUGUCUGCUGUCUGCCUGGGCGUCCUGGGGGCGUCCCUUCUGGCUGUUCUCUUCAUCGACUCCAUUGAGCUGUGGGCCACGUCACUGGGCAUGACGGGCUCCGUCAAGACGCCAGCCCAGCCCGCCGGGCUCAUGCCCCAGAGCAUGCCACCCUCUCGGCCCGAGGAAUACCUGCUGAUGCCCAGCCCCCUGGUGUGCCAGCGUGCCAAGCCUUACCUGAUCACCAUGGUGACCACGGCCCCGGCCAAUCAGAAGGCGCGACAGGCCAUCCGGGACACGUGGGGGGGCGAGGUGGAGGUGCGUGGCAAGCGGGUGUUGACUCUCUUCAUGGUGGGUAUACCGGCCAACCCCACCAUGGGAAAGCUGCUGAUAGUGGAGGCCCGGGAGCAUGGGGACCUGGUGCAGGGUCGCUUCCAGGACUCCUAUGGCAACCUCACCCUGAAGACGCUGGCCAUGCUGGGCUGGGUGCGCCGCUUCUGCUCCCAGGCGCGCUUCGUGGCCAAGGUGGACGACGACGUGCUAUUCAACCCGGCAGCCCUGCUCCGCUACCUGGACCACCGGCAGCGGCCCCUGCAGACCGUAGACGGCCAGCCGCCAGACCUCUACCUGGGCCGCGUUCACUUGCACGUGCCACCCGACCGUAACCCCUCCAGCAAGCACUUCAUGCCCACCCAGGCUUACCCGGGGGCCGUGUUCCCCGACUACUGCAGCGGCACUGCCUACGUGCUCUCGCGGCCCGCCCUGCUCAAGCUGUCCCUGGCGGCAACCGCCACCCCUCUGCCUCACCCGCUCCCGCCCGAGGACGUGUUUGUGGGUCUGAGUGCCCACACGGCGGGCAUCGCGCCCACACACUGCCCGCUUUUCUCGGGGGGCCCAGCCGUGCCGUACGGGCGCUGCUGCUACCAGGCCAUGGUGUCGGUGCACCACGUCCUGCCCGCGGAUAUGGUGCGUUACUGGGCAGACGCGCACACCUCUUCCCCCUGCUCUUGGUUGGGCACGCGGGCGUCCCUGGGGGUGUGCAAGGUGCGGGCACUGCUGGGGACGCUCAUUGGGCUCUGACACACAGUAGGUUGUCAAACUAAAUUGAGAGAGUAAAAGUCCUGACAUGUAUUCCUUCUUAGCUUGGCAAGCCAGACAACCAGGCAGACAAAAUAUUUUCAGCCGCUAGGGUUCAUGUAGUUCACUAGGCCAAUUCCUUAUGCCCUUUGGCUGGAAUGUAUUGAGACUUUUAAUUUAUGACGCCGGGAUGCCUCUGGGACACCCCGCUGUCUGAGGGGAAUACAGUAGCACAACAGCCUGGGGUCACAAUGAACCCAAAGCAAAGAGACUGGCCGCACAUGUAGACGGCUUCCAUCACAGCACCUGCACACACAGCUGCACGCUGUAACAGUGCCACGCAGUAUUUAUGAUACACUAUAGAUAGGUUUCCCGUUUACAAACAUUCACGCUGUGAGGAGGGGCAAGAUGCUAAGCUGGCAACCACGUUUUUGAUUGACAGCAAUUUCCAACAAUCAGAGGUUGAAGAGGGACCCCUGGCUGUGCACGCAGACAGGGAUGUUUACAAACGGGAAACCCAUGUAUACAUUAGUGGGCAGGCUGGAUAUAGAAGCUACAAUCUACUGUAGAGCCUAGGGUAUAGGGUCCAGGCUAACAAUAUACUGUCUCAUAUUCAAUCUAGUGUCACAAAUUCACCUUGUUCUUUAUGUGCACUCUAUACAGGUCCAUAUGUGCCACCUACAAUAAUGAACUGCUCUAGCAAAUGAAAAGGUCUACUGUUAGUCCCUCUUCAGCUGCUCUACUUAAGACAAAAGUACACUUGGUGAAAAGUUAUACAACAGAGCAAUUCAGAUCCAUCCUACACACGUUUGCUUUGAGAAAAGUUACACCCAAAUAUAGCACAACACUCCACCAUUGCUGAAGGAAAUACUGUAUGUGGUAUCGGAUUGUAGCUACUGAAUCCAGCUUGUCCAUCCCUGAGGAUAUGUACCUAUCUACAGCAUAUUGCAAAAGUCAAGGUUCACACAAUGGACAUGAUUCCUGUAGCUGAAGCACAAAGCAAGUAGUAGCGCUGAAAAUCAAAAUAUUGCAAUGCAAAUGUAAUGUGCAACUUUUUUAAAGACAUGGUCCAUGUAACAACACGAAGCAUCGUGUACCAACGCUCUGCAGACCCAAUCCCACUGUUUACCCUAACCCAGCACAGUGCAAGUACAUAAGGUUGCAAUGUCGUCACACUGUCCUUAAUUAAAUAAUGUAAUCAUGUGAUAUCAACGUGAUUUUAGUUCUACAGUUAACCAGUCAUGCUUUUUAGAAAUAUUUUUGCAUUGUAACAUUUUUUUGUAUGAAGCCAAAACAGGGUCUACCGAGGUCCAGCAUUGUCAAUGGAGUCUUGCUGUUGUACAUUCACGGUUCCAGAGGACAGAGUUUGAAAAUGAAUCAACUUGUGUUGCAGACAAACAUGAUUGAUAAACAUAAAUGUCCCGUCUUCCUUCCGACUGCACGUCUUACAGAGGUGAUUAUUAUGACUAAUUAGCUCUUCUACCUGGGUUGAGGGGGAUGAGCUGGUACAGUCAAUUGACUGAAACAGGUAUGUGGCAAGACUACUUUCUAUGGCAACUCUAUUUUCUGAACCUGGCUGGGGUAUCUGCCCCUCCUUGUGUGAACUGUAAUGGGUUUAGUGCAGAAAGCUGCACACAAAACUGUGAGAAAAUGUGUCAGGGCAUCAUCUCAGCAGACAUUGAGUCACCAAAAGCCUUUCCUUGUUUGUAGUUCCCUGUAGAUUUGCAGGUGAAAACCUCAACAUGAUUUCAUUGCCCUUUUUAGUGUUAUUGGGAAAGAACACAGGAAAAACAUUAUUGUAUUUUUUUAAGUGACAGGUUUGAUCUAGAUAUUCAGUCAGUAGUGCAUAAAUAUAUUUAUGUUAUGGAUGGCUAUGGAUGCAAAAUGCUUUGCAAGCAUUUACAAGCACUGCGAGCAGCCACUUAAGUAUUCUUUUAAGACCAUUAUGAUGUAGCAGCACUGCUCAGGACAUGAAAUAUUACCACAUUGUAGUAUUUACGAAGUGUAAGAAGUCGAAAUAGAAUUUGCAACCAGUAUUUUUAUGGGGGAUGGGGGUGUUUGUCUUGUUAAUUAGCAUAUUGGCUCCAAAAUAGGCAUAGAAGUGGGUCAUGGAAAUUUGUAUUGUUUCCUUAAGUUAUAUUAUAAUGCACUGUUUUGUUAUAUUUCCUUGCAUAUUUUGUUUUGUUAUAUUUAUUUAUUUUUAUUGUGUGUACAGGGAAAGGAUUGUAGUGGUGUUCAUUUGAUUCUUUCCUUUGAUUAAUGUUCAAUGUGCCUACACAGUGUUUCCUUAUUUACCAAUAAAAGGUUGA